AGAACGCAGGACUACAGACUCCAAGGCUGCACCUGCUACACACCCAAAAGCUCCCGACUCCAGGCCAGACCCUUGAAAGAUGGCUCACGCCCAGACACAGUUGGCUCCUGCACCAACCGUCCAAAUGAGGACCGGAAAAGAGGACCUCUCCCUCCCUCCUCCCCCAGCCCUGGAGGGUCUGCCGCUGCCUCCACCCAAGGAAUCCUUCUCCAGGUUCCAGCAACAGCGGCAAGCCAGCGAGCUCCGCCGUCUCUACAAGCACAUUCACCCUGAGCUUCGAAAGAACCUCGAGGAAGCUGUGGCCGAGGACCUGGCCGAGGUGCUGGGCUCAGAGGAGCCCACCGAGGGUGAUGUUCAAUGCAUGCGCUGGAUCUUUGAGAACUGGCGACUGGAUGCCAUUGGUGACCACGAGAGGCCAGCCGCCAAGGAACCUGUGUCAGGUGGCAACGUUCAGGCCACCUCUCGGAAGUUUGAGGAAGGUUCCUUUGCCAGCACCCCAGAGCAGGAGCCAGCUGGGUCCCGGCCAUCUGGAGGAGAUGUUCAAGCUGCCAGACAGCUGUUUGAGACCAAGCCGCUGGACGCACUGACAGUCAGGGAGGAGGCGGCAGAGGCCACCGCGAAGGAGCCUGCAGCCAGUGGAGACGUACAGGGUACCAGAAAGCUCUUUGAGACUCGUCCUCUGGACCGGCUCGGGUCCCGCCCCUCUAUCCAGGAACGGAGCCCCUUGGAGCUGCGCUCAGAGAUUCAGGAGCUGAAGGGUGACGUGAAGAAGACAGUGAAGCUGUUUCAGACGGAACCUCUGUGUGCCAUCCAGGACGCAGAGGGCGCCAUCCAUGAAGUCAAGGCUGCCUGUCGGGAGGAGAUUCAAAGCAACGCAGUGAGGUCAGCUCGUUGGCUCUUUGAGACCCGACCUCUAGAUGCCUUCAACCAGGAUCCCAGCCAGGUGCGGGUGAUUCGGGGGAUCUCUCUUGAGGAGGGAGCCCUGCCGGAUGUCAGUGCGACUCGUUGGAUCUUUGAGACUCAGCCUCUGGAUGCCAUCCGCGAAAUCUUGGUGGACGAGAAGGACUUCCAGCCAUCUCCAGAUCUCGUCCCUCCUGGUCCAGAUGUUCAGCAGCAGCGACGUCUGUUUGAGACCUGUGCUCUGGAUACUCUGAAGGGGGAAGGAGACGCUGGGGCAGAGGCUCCACCCAAGGAGGAGGUGAUCCCUGGUGAUGUCCGCUCUACACUCUGGCUGUUUGAGACCAAACCCCUGGAUGCUCUUAGAGACCAGGUCCAAGUGGGCCAUCUACAACGGGUGGGUCACCAGAAGGGUGAGGGGCUAACGACCGCCUGUCUGUCUAGUGAAGGCACUUCAGCAUUGCCUCUGUCUCAGGGUGCCCCCCAGAGUGAUGGGUUGAAGGGGGACGUGAAAACCUUCAAGAAUCUUUUUGAGGCCCUUCCCCUAGACAGCAUUGGUCAGGGUGAGCCUUUAGCCUGUGGAAAUAUAAACCGAGCACAAGCAGCUGAUUCUGCCAAACAGGGCACAGAUUCCCCCAUCUAUGCCAUGCAGGACAGCAGGGGACAGCUCCACGCCCUAACUUCUGUCAGCAGAGAGCAGGUAGUCAGAGGUGAUGUACAAGGCUACAAGUGGAUGUUCGAGACGCAGCCCCUGGACCAGCUGGGCCGGAGCCCCAGCACCAUUGAUGUCGUCCGAGGCAUCACUCGGCAGGAUGUGGUGGCUGGGGAUGUCGGCACCAGGCGGUGGCUCUUUGAGACACAGCCACUGGAGAUGAUCCACCAACAAGAGCGACAGAAACGACAGGAGGAGGAUGGGGAGGAUCCAGAAACCCCUUCUGAGCCCCCCCGAAAAGGCGACGUGCAGACCAUCCGCUGGCUGUUUGAGACCUACCCCAUGAGCGAGCUGGCAGAGAAGCAAGAAUCUGAGGUCACAGACCCCGUGAGCAAGGACGAGGCACAGUCAUGCACCUGGAUGUUUGGGACCCAAUCUCUGAACCAGGGAGAAGGCUCUGGGGAGCAGCACCUGCAAACCAGCCAGGUCCGGGCUAGAGACAGGCAGACAGACAGACACGUCUUUGAGACUGAAUCUCUGCAGGCAUCAGGCCAGCCCUGUGGCAGAAGGCCUGUAAGGUACAGCAGCCGGGUGGAGAUUCCUUCAGGGCAGGUAUCGCGGCAGAAAGAGGUUUUCCAGGCACUGGAGGCCGGCAAGAUGGAGACACAGGAGUCCAGGAGAAGCCCUGAGUCCAUCCCCACAGGCUCUGUGCACAAAUUCACCUGGCUGUUUGAGAACUGCCCCAUGGGCUCCCUGGCAGCCGAGAGCCUCAGAGGAGAUAACCUCCAGGAAGAACAGCCUAAAGGCUCUGCAGAUCGUGGGACCCCAGAGAGGCAGGAGACAGCGGCUGAGAGAACCCUCCGGACUCUGCACGCCACUCCGGGCAUCCUGCACCAUGGAGGCAUCCUCAUGGAAGCCCGGGGGCCAGGGGAGCUCUGCCUUGCCAGGUAUGUGCUCCCAAGCCCAGGGCAGGGGCGCCCCUACAUACGGAAGGAGGAGCUGGUCUGCGGUGAGCUCCCCAGGAUCUUACGCCAAGUGCUGCGCAGGGCAGAUGUGGACCAGCAGGGGCUGCUGGUUCAGGAGGACAUGGCUGGCCAGCUCCAGCUCCAUCCACUCAAGCUUCCAGGGCCAGGUGACACUGGGAAUAUUGAAGACAUGGACCCUGAGCUCCAACAGCUGCUGGCUUGUGGCCUUGGAGUCUCUGUGGCAAAGACGGGGCUGGUGAUGCAAGAGACGGGGCAGGGCCUAGUGGCACUGACCGCUUACUCCCUCCAGCCCCAGCUAACCAGCAGGGCCCCCGAAAGGAGUAGUGUGCAGCUGCUGGCCAGCUGCAUAGACAAAGGAGACCUGACAGGCCUUCACAGUCUGCGGUGGGAGCCACCAACAGACCCAAGUUCUACACCAGGCAGGGAGGAGUCCCAGAGGUUUCCCCCGGCUGAGAGCAUCAUACAGGUCGCCCCAUUAGACUCCACCAUGGAGAUGGGACACCGCAGAGUUUCAGGGGCCGCACCCUGCACACCUCCACCUCGGGCAGUUGGAAAAGUGGUAGCUCAGGUCCCGUUGCAGGAAGCAAGAAAGCAAGCAGAUACCAGCCCGGGGCAGACAGUAAAAGCAGCCUUAGGAGGGCCAGAAGGAACCGCAGCUUCCCCUCUAGGGUCUGGGACCCCAGAUCUCCAGGAAGCCAUGCAAAACCUGCGGAUGGCAACUGCAGAGGCCCAAAACCUGCACCAGCAAGUUCUGAACAGACAUCCACGGGGCUUGGACCCCGUGGUCACCUCCAUGCCUAACCGAGAUGUUCUGCAAGCAUCGACUCCUGCCACCACGGUGAUCCAAGGCAACAUUGGGCCUGUGGCCAGAAGUGACACCAGGAUCCCAGCAGCCCCCAGAAAGGUCAGUGGGGACAGCAAAGUAGUCCCCAAAGGGCUGCCUGGGGGGCGGGUGACCAUACAGGAUGGUAUCUAUACUGCUCACCCUGUGCGGACCUCUGACCCACCUGGGGCUGUCCAGCUUUCUGAAAAAGAGCCCCAGCCAAGGGGUGGGGAGAGUGCACUCUCCACCCACAGUCCGGGCCCAGCCCAGGCAGAACCAGGUCAGAACCCCAGGUUAGGGUAUCAUGAGCCUGGGGGACAUAUGCAAAGGGCCUGGGAACCUCCGGGGAAGGUGAUGGCCCAAAUCCGGCCUGAGGGCCUCCAAGCAGCCUACACCGCCCUGAAGACUGUCCCUCUAACUCAUCACACUCUGACAUCUAAACCCGGGGCGGCAGGUGCCAGCCUGGCCUCCCAUAAUGCCUCUCUUCCUCCCCCUCCCGCUCUCUCAGCUGCUGUGACAGAACCUCACCACCCAGCUCAAGGCCACCAGCAUGUGGACUCCAUCCAGCAGGACUCCAAGCCCCUGCAGGACCCCCUUCUUCACACUCACAACAGACCUGCUGGCCAGAAAAUCCCUGAGGGGUCAGAGACAAAAAGCUCCAAACCGGAAUGCACCAUGUCUCCAAGAAAGAAACCCCCAGUGCCUCCCAAACCUGCACAUCUAAGCCAAGUCCACCCACCUCAGAGGCCACCCAAGCUCUCAGCAGCCUCUUCCAGAGUCUCAGAAGCAGGACGAGAGUGCAAGCCAGGUGAGCCUGACACAGCCAAAGUUCCCAGAACAGCAGAGCCAGAAUGCCUACCUCCAGCCGAAUGCUCCAAGGGACAGAUCCAGGCCAAACAUCAGCAACUUCUCAGCACCAUGGCUCCCUGGCCAAGCAGGGGUCAGGUACCCAGCAGCACCCAGAGCCCUGAGUCCCUGGAGGCGAACACUCUCAACAAUGAUGUCACCCCACCACAAAAGGACCUUAGCUCCCCAAAAGAGCAGUCCACGGACUGUUCCCAGCAGGGGACCCCUGAGAGCCCAGAGACUAUACAAGGCAGCCAUCAAGAGCUCCAGGGCCUCCUAACCCAAGUGCAAGCCCUGGAGAAGGAAGCAACCCACAGUGUAGAUGUGCAGGCCCUGCGGAAGCUCUUUGAGGGUAUAUCCCAACUAGGAGGGGAUACCCCUCAGGUUCCCACUGCACCCCACAAGACUGAGGUGUCUGUGGAGCAGGCCUUUGGGGAGUUGACUCGGGUGAGUGCAGAGGUCGCCCAGCUGAAGGAACAGACCCUAGCCAGGUUGCAGGACAUUGAAGAAGCAGUACACAAGGCUCUUAGCUCCAUGUCUAGCCUCCAGUCUGAGGCUCACACAAGAAGCUAUCCACAGAGAACGCCAGAAGACCCUAGCAUGCACAAGGCCAGGGUCUCCACCAGCAGCAGAGACAGACCUAAGGGCUCAAAUCAGGUCAAAGAUCCAACUGUAGUCAAAAAUCAAGGCAAGGUUGAGAGCCAUCCCCAGGAGCAAGGUCAAGCCAAGAUCUUAAAUCACACAGAGGCCAGAGGUCAGGCAGCAUUGACUGCCCUUCCCUCCAUGAGGCUGAAGACGCCAAGAGAAGAGUCUGGUCUCCAACAAGUGUCACCUUCCUGCAGGGGUUCCUCCUCCCCAACUUUCAUCUCUAUCCAAUCAGCUACAGAGAAAUUUCUGGAAGCUUCUAGCCCUCAGGGAAGCCAUUGUAUCUCAGGGAAAAGUACACACCUAGCUCAGGACACAGGCCAAGCUCUGUUCUACCAGAGAGAUAGCCAGGACCAGCCCGGGAUAGUUAUCAAGGGCUCUGUGCCCACAGGGCAGCAAAAGAAUGUCUUGGAAUUGCAGACUGGGCCAGCUAGCUCCAAGUCCUAUGGAACCACAAGAACAGUGACUGAGCAGUAUGAGGAGAUGGACCAGUUUGGGAAUACAGUCCUCACUUCCUCCACCACCAUCACCCAUCAGGCAGAGCCCCUGGUGGACCCCAGCCCACAGCUCCGGCUUCACACUGCUCCCUUGCUGAGGCAGUUCCUACACAGCCCCUCCAGGUUCAACACGGAUGUGACAGAAGCCGAGAUAGCAUGGGUUCCCUGCAGCCACAUCCAGCCAACUGCCCAGUGAACCCUCUGUCUCCCACCCACCCUGGGUCCCUCCCCCAGAGCUCUAGGACUGAGUCCAGCACGUGUGUAGAGCAAGGAUCAAGAAGAAAGGAGCUCUCCAGAGAGCCGAUGAGGGCUGUUUGCCAUGUCAGGUCCAAUUCUUGAAAAAGAGACAAGGAAAGUAAAGGAGCCCUCCACAGAGUAAUGCUGGAUGGGUGAACGGGGCCUCCAGAUGCCUGUGGAGGACAGAAGGUGUGCACAAGCUCCCCACACUAGCCCAGCUUGCCCACGAACCUGAGUCUGCACCUCAUUGUCUAGCAAUGGAGAGACACCCCUCCACUGUGCCCCCCCCAUCGUCAGCCUUUAUUUAUUUUAUUAUGAAAUCUGACUGUCUUAAUUCCUGGUGAGGACCAGGGCCAACUGGACUGGACGCGGCAUUGGUCUCUGUUAGAGAUUGGACAGAAGGCUCCAGAAAAACCUGGAAGCCUGCCUCUUUAUCACCAGUGGUCCAAAGUUCACACAGAAAGAGCUAGCAAUCAACCGUGUUCCUAGAAGCUAAAUACGCUGCCCUUUCUGCUCCCAUCACCCCCACUCUGUACCCCAAACGGGGAAA